AUGGGAUCCCUCUCCCCCCUGGAGUUGGAGGCUCUUGGUGACCAAAAUGUGUUCGUUGUAGUGGAAGAUAUCUACCUUACGCGAUGGUUCACUGCUAUCGCUCUCACAAUCAUUUGCUACGAUAACCUUCUUACCCUGGAUGAUGAGAUCGCAUUCAUAUGGCCAAAGCGAUGGAACUCUGUGAAAAUAUUGACAUACUCCAACCGUGCAGUCGCCCUCACAUUCAUCGCCCUAAAUACGCAUCAUCUGGUUGGGGUAACCAAUCCUCUCUCAAACCAUUUCUGUAGCGUAGUUCUUGUCGCGACCGGUUAUGGUGCCCUCGUGUCGUUUGCCAUGUGCAAUUGGAUUCUCCUUGCAAGGGCUCAGGCGCUCGUGGGCACGAGACCGUUUCUCAACAACCUUUUGACAACAUUCUACAUUGCAUCGUAUCUGAUCACGACGGCGCUGGCUACGCAUACUUCAUGGAUUCUUCGAGACAAGAUAUUCUACUCAGACAGUUUCCAUGUCUGUGGAAUACCUAUGCAUCCUUCCUCCAUGGGGUUCAUUUGGCUAGCUCCCCUUGUCUUCGAAACUGCUAUCUUCCUUCUAACUAUCGUCAAACUCUAUGAGAAUGCCGUUGAAGACUAUUCACUGGGAUCCACGCUACUUGUGACACUUUAUCGAGACGGGGUUGCCUAUUAUUUGGUCAUCUUUUCAUUGCGAGUCUUCAAUCUGCUUGCCUGGCAGAUUAUGCCAAUCCAAUUUGCACUUAUUGGCAUAUUUCUUCUAUGGGCAAUUAUGUCUGUUUCCGUAACUCGACUACAGUUGAACCUUCUGAAGGCAGUAAAUAUGCCACCAGCUUCGCUGGAAAUCACCUCUGUCGGGCCUAGUAUCAGCAUAUUUGCUUCAUUUCCGCGUCGGAAUGGCAGCCGGUCUCAAACAGAACGCUCUCGAAUACGUACUUCUCGCAUGCAACUCCGUACCUUCAGCCACGGGAUCGCACCAGAACCCGCAAAGAAUCCUCCAUGCAGGACCACUCGGACAGAUUCUACUUGGAGCACUCUAUGGUGCUCCGUUGGGAAUCUCCUCCCGAAUCACUUCCAAACUGCAUGUAUUGACAUCGGUUACGUUGGACUCAUCCUGCUUGUGUUUGAGGGAGCACUGGCAACAGAUCUCCGCCUCUUCAUACAACACGUUGCGCUCUCCACCCUUGGAGCUAUCACGGGUGUCGCAGUGCCUAUAGGGUUCAGCUUUCUCUUCCUCAACACAUGCUUGGGCUAUUCCACCCUCCAAGUCUUUGCAGCUGGCGCAUCCCUCUCUGCAACAUCUCUCGGGACAACGAUAGCCAUCCUGAAGGCAGGAGAUACAAAGGGCGAAAGCAUUUUCAACACCGUCAUUGCUACAGUACUGCUCUCCGUCGCUAUUAUCGACGACGUGAUUGCACUUAUACUGGCCUCGAUCAUCUCUGGUCUUGGUGGCGGAUCUCAUGGUCCGACUCAAACCCUCGGUUGGGCAAUUGGCAGGCCUAUCCUCGCUUCGACAUUACUUGCCCUCGCUGUCUUUCUCCUGGCAGGGAUUCUAGACCGAAUUAAUAUCAGGAGAUAUUGGAGACUUCCCUUCGUCCAACGACACCAGGACAAGGUUAACUUGUGCAUCCUCCUUGGUUGCCUUGCCGCGAUCAGUGCGGCUGCGGCAUAUGCUGGAACAUCAAUCCUAUUUGGAGCAUUCCUCGCUGGACUCUUUCUCUCCCACAUUGGAGGAGGAGGAGAGAGCAAUGACACGGAGCCUGGCGGAUAUCCUCCCAACUUUCUCCUCAUUCAACACUGUGCAUUUGGGCAAGCACAGGAUCUUAUCUUCUCCGCCUUUUUCUUCGCCUCUAUCGGGUUCGCCAUUCCUAUCCGCAAGUUAUGGAAGGCAACCGUCGUAUGGCAGGGAAUUCUAUACUCCCUUUUCAUGAUCCUGUCAAAGAUCACCGUCGGAAUCUGGAUUCCCCUUUGGGCGCCUUCUCGCCGCAAGUGCCCGAAUCCUAAAAGCCAAACAAUGGAACGCAGGACUGAUGCCAUGCACGGGCAGGAAGAAUCAUCAACAUCCGAGACCUACAGUCUUCUUGCUCGCGUAGUUUAUCCGAGUCUGUUUAUCGGGACAGGCAUGGUCGCUCGAGGAGAGAUUGGGUUACUGAUCGCUCAAAUCGCGUACAAUGGAGGGCACGGACCUCUCCCUGACGAUCUGUUCGCCAUCACCAUUUGGGCGUUGGUUUUGAGCACGGUUAUCGGGCCGCUCUUGAUAUCUGCGGUGCUCGCUCAUGGUCAAGAUCAGCUGCUUUCCGGACCCUGGGGUCGGGUGGCUCGAAUGGAGCAAGAUGAUCAAACAGCGGCAGAUGACUGA